AUGCAAAAUUUCUGAUUUACAGUUUUCAAAUUGUUUACAGGUUUGUUUAACCAUACAGUUCCAUACUUUAAUUUUUCAGCAAAGGAUUUUAGAGCCAUACGAUACAAGCAAAGGUAGUUAACAAGGACAAUGUCGACUACAACAGAUUUAAAAUAUGAAGUAAUUGAUCACUUCAAAGUUAAAGAGAUCAUAAAUACAAGACUCUUAUUCAAAUUACCAUUAUCAUAUGCCGAUCCAAGCAAUGAAACCAAGAUAUCAGUGGUUGUAAAUGUGACCCAAAAGUUUGAUGAAACCAUUCAUAAGGAUACCGAAUUGCUUAACACAAAGCUUGUCCUUCCGGAAACACCUAAGUUAAUAUCAUAUAUUCAAGGUGGACCUGGUUUCCCAUGUGGUGUUCCAUUAACUAAUUCUGGUUAUACUAAAGUUUUAAUUGAUAAGGGGUAUCAAAUAGUGUAUCUUGAUCAAAGAGGUACUGGGUUAAGUACAGCUUUAGAAAGAAGAACAUUUGAGCAUUUGGUUCCUAAAAAGGAUGGAGAAGAUGAAGCUACCCAUGUUCAAAGACAAUUGGACUUUAUCCUUAAUUUCAGAGCCGAUUCCAUUGUGGAAGAUUAUGAAAGAGUUAGACGUAGUUUAAUUGGUGAUGAAAAAUGGACCCUUCUAGGCCAAUCGUAUGGAGGUUUUACUAGUUUCACUUAUGUGUCCAAAUAUCCAAAUUCAUUAAAGGAAGUGUUGGUUACUGGUGGAGUUCCUCCAAUUAACUUUAACCCUGAUGAUGUAUACCAUGCUACUUAUGAAAGAACUAAAGAAAGAAAUAUUCAUUACUUUAACAAGUAUCCUCAAGAUAAGCAAAGAAUGCAAAACAUUUUAGGUUAUUUACAAAAUAAUGAUGUCAAAUUACCUAAUGGAGGUACAUUAUCCGUUGAAAGAUUCCAACAAUUAGGUUUAUCGUUUGGAGGUACAGGAGGUACAGAUAAUGUUCAUCAAUUAGUUGUUAAAUUUGACUAUGAUUUAAAAUUAUUCGGAUUUCCUACUUUCCAAAUUCUUAACACUAUUCAAAAUGAAUAUAGUUUCGACACCAAUAUCAUCUAUGCUUUAUUCCAAGAAUCGAUUUAUUGUGAUGCAAACAAUGUGAAUUUGAAAUCAAGUGAUUGGAGUGCCGACAGAUUAAGAUACUUACCAGCCAAUGAUAUUUUUGUUUACAAUAGUAAUAAGGAAGUGACUUAUUUCACCGGUGAGAUGGUUUACAAAUCAAUGUUUGAGGAUUACGUUGAGCUUCAACCAUUUAAGAAAUUAGGCUAUGCUUUACAUGCUAAUAAAAAAUGGUCCAAGUUAUACGAUACUAAAGUCUUGCACGAAACAAAAGUCCCUAUUGUAGCUGCAACGUAUGUAUAUGAUCAGUAUGUUGACUUUGAUCUUACUAGAAAAGUGAAAGAAAAUGUAUUUAAAGGUAAUGGAAAUCUUAAACAAUUCAUUACUAGUGAAUUCUUCCAUAAUGGUGUCAGAGCAGGAGCUGAAAAAGUUCUUGGAUCAUUAUUUGAUCUUUUAGAUUGUGAAAUUGAUUAGAAGAAUACUUUAUACAUUAUAAAGUAUAU